CGUUCGCAUACUAUACACUAUUUUAAAGAUACAAGAGCCGCACAGAAACUUUACACUUGCGUACGGUACAUACCGACCUCGAAUAAAUUUUUUGUAUUUAUAUUAUUUUUGGCGGUGAUACUCUGAUCUGUACCUCUCGUUGAUCAGCCAAUCCGCAACAGCUGUUUUGACCAUACUUUUUUCUUUUUUAUGAUGUGUUGACUCAUCGAUCAGGGGUCAUAGAAUAUUAUUAAUCUAUUGUUCGUUUGUAUUUGUUUUUUUGUCGUCAUAAUGAAAUUGACGCGAAUGAACUCUUUGUUAAUCCUGCUUGUUGUGACAGUUGUGAGUUGCUGCUAUUGUACAGAAGAAACAACAGCUAAAACUGUAUCAGCUACGACAACUACAACAUUAUCACCAAUUUCAACAACUGCAACAAAUACACUAACUACACCAACUACACCAACUACACCAACUACACCAACUACAUCAACUACAUCAACUACGUCAACUACACCAUCUGCACCAUCUGCACCAACUGCACCAACUACAUCAACUACAUCAAUUCUAUCAACUACGCCAGAUGCAACAACUAUAACGCCAAAAACAGUCUUGACAAAGAUAUGUGGCAAAUUUUUGAGUUUCAAACAUUUUUAUGGCAAUAGAACUGAAUUUGGCGAUUAUCCAUGGCUCGCUCUCUUGGAAUAUGAGAUUUCUGGAGGAUUGAGAACUGCGACGUGCAGUGGAGUCCUUAUCUCGGAUCGUUACGUCCUCACAGCUAGUCUAUGCGUCAAAGCUCUGCCUCCGAACUGGAGUUUGCGUAGCGUCCGUCUAGGUGAAUACAAUUUGAAUACUUCGCCAGAUUGCGUCGAUGAUGGCACGGGUGAAUUGGCUUGCCAGCCCGCAGAGAUAUCCAUCAAAGUUAAAAGUAUUCACAGUCAAGUUCAGCCAGGAAUGUCAGAUAGUUUAUUGGCCGCGAGCAUCGCCUAUAUCGAACUGGCACAUGGGGUCGAAUUCACACCUUUCAUCUAUCCAAUUUGCUUGCCGGGGCGACCGUUGGUGGGAAAAAAGUACGAAGUCGCCGGGUGGAGCCAAUAUCCCAACAGAGUCGGCAGCACGACGAAAUUAAGAUCGUCGCUAACCGCUAUCCAGGAUCGGAAAACUAAGUGUGAGCUCAAGUACAGCAAAGAAGGACUGUUAUUGGCCGAAAAUCAAUUCUGCGCCGGCGGACCAUGGGGAGAAGAACCCUGUAUAGCUGGUCUAGGUGGGCCUCUAAUGGGACUCGAGAUAGCGGAGGAUGGAUCACAUCGUCUGGUCGUUUUGGGUAUUAUGACCCAAAAUUCCAAGUACUGCAAGACCGGAUAUCCAGGAGUGUUUACGAACGUAUCAAUGCACUUGGAUUGGAUCAAGGAGAAUCAUUUAUUAGAAUAAUACGGUUCAAAAUAACACUUUACCGCAGCAGCAUCUCAAUGAAUUAAUUAUAUAUGACUAAUUUUCCAUACUUUUAAAAUAAGAGUUCUAAACAAAAAUUGUCACAAGAAUACUGUUACAUGCUGUUGGGAAUGAAUUUUUCUUACUAUUUAUGAAUAAAAUCAACCAAAAAACUGCCAUUACUCUUUUCAUGCAUAGUCUUUUUUGGAAUUUCAUUAUUCUAAUUUUUAAUGUGUCAGCGAAUAAAUUUUUAUUGCAAUUUGCUAAGUGAAAUAUGGCACUAUCUAUACAUACAAAUGUUAAAUUAUCAUCGGGUUCUUUUUUUCCGUUAUUUUAGGUACUUUUUUCGCAUUUCAACGACUUAUAAAACAAUGAAUCGUUUUCUAUAAGAUAUAUGUAAAAUGCGCGAGAAAAUUUGUUAACAAAUAUUAAAUUCGUAUUGAAGAUAUUUUAAAAGGUUUCCAACAACAAGUCGUCGCCUUGGAGCAGAAAAUUAAUAUACCAAAAUAAAGAAGAUUUUUUGAAAAUUUAAAGUCGAACAGGGUUGGUCUUUUUUUAACAGCUAAUAAUUUUUCGGUUUUGGUCGCAAAAGUAAAAUCGAUUUUCAAUUGCACUAUAAUCAAAUCGUAGCUUAAAAUGUGUUGAUAAAAAAGUACAUGCAUUGUAAAAAAAUUCUGGCAAAUUUUCAAGGGUAUCCGACGUGAAUAAGUUGAACUAUAUAGCAAGUUUUUCUAAAAAUGAUAUACUCGCCUUCAAUUUGAAACUGUUUAUGUCAAACUUAACUGAUGU